AAAUAUCUAUUUGAUCACUGAGAGAUAAAGAAAUACAUAUGCUAGAAAGUAGAAAGAAUUACAACCGGUCAAAGUCUGAAUACAACAGAAAACUUUGAAAGAUAGAAAUAGUUGCAGGUGAAGGAUGAGUCAAAAGUUAGUAUCUCACUCAACCAAUCGAACGCGCGUCCUGUUGACCAAAGAUUUAUUCAUUCAUAAACAAACACAGCUACAGAAACAUAGGAGCAGAGAACCAUGUCCACACCGAGAUCGGUUGCAGUUGCCGUAAGCGGCGGCUCCGGCGCAGCCAAGGGUAGCCGACGAGCCGUACAGUGGGCGUUUGAGAAUGUCGUGCCUCAAGCAGACCGAUUCGUCUUAGUUCACGUCAUCCCUAAAAUCACUUCAAUUCCAACCCCAGCUGGAGAGUAUAUUUCAAUUUCGGAAGCAGACGCCAAUGCCUUUGCAGCUUAUGUGCAGGAUGUGAAACAGCAAUCUGAACAAAUCUUCGAUUCAUUCAAAAUACUAUGUGAAUCAAACACGAUAGAAACAUUUCUGCUAGAAGAUGACAAUCCUGCAAGUGCACUUCUUAGCUUUAUCUCUGAGUCUGGGGUUCAAAUGUUAGUGCUGGGUUCUGACGACUCAAAUUUUAUUACAAGGAAGCUAAAAGGACCUGGCAUACCGACUACCAUUCUAAGAUGUGCUCCUCACAACUGCGAUGUAUAUGUUGUAGCUAGAGAUAGAAUUGUAUCAAAAUUAGCUGAUUCUACAUCUCUGCAUUCUCAUGAGGCAAGCUCAAGGUACUCUGUGUCUACUGAAGCAAAUAAACCAGACAAUGGUGUUCGUAUUGGUGAACAAAUGCCUCGAAUCAAUGAAUCCUCAGCAGGACCUAAGAUUCUAAAAAAUUUCAAAUUUUUAUCAAUAUCAGACCAUAGUUACAUUGGUCUGCAAACCUCUAGUCGUAGGAAUUCUUUUGAAAAUUCUACUAGAAGUGAAGAAGAAAAUCCAGAAAACUAUGGAGACUAUGUUGAUUCUAUCAGUUUUCACUCAUUUGAUUCGAUUGCUUCUGCACAACAUGAACCGUUAGUCAUGCAAGAAAUAGAACGGUUGCAGCUGGAGUUGCAGAGUACUAUUGCCAUGUACAAACAGGUUUGUGGAGAACUGGUUCAUGCUCAAAGCAAGGCCCUUUUACUUUCUUCGGAAUCUCUUGAAGAAGCUAAAAUAAUAAAUGCUUCCUUGAAAAGAGAGGAGACUUUGAGAAAGAUUGCUGCUGAAGAGAAAGCAAAGUAUUUUAAAGUCGUGAAGGAACUUGAGGAGGCGAAAAGUACGUUUGCCAAAGAGUCAUAUGAAAGACAAAUGGCCGAACUUAACGUCCUUAAAGAAUCCAUAGAAAAACAGAGAAUUAUCGAUACAUUGCUUUCAAAUGACAGCAGAUACAGAAAAUAUACCAUGGAUGAAAUCAAGACUGCGACAAACAACUUGUCUCAGGACUUGGUAAUUGGUGAAGGAGGAUAUGGGAAAGUUUACAAGUGCAAUCUUGACCAUACACCAGUAGCUGUAAAGGUUUUGCAUCAGGACACAAUCAACAAGAAAGCAGAGUUUCUGAAAGAGGUUGAGAUUCUUAGUCAACUACACCAUCCAAAUAUGGUUUUGUUACUUGGAGCCUGUCCUGAGAACGGUUGCCUAGUUUAUGAAUAUCUGGAAAAUGGAAGCCUAGAAGACUAUCUUCUUAAAAAAAAUGGAAAACCACCACUUCCUUGGUUUUCUCGAUUCCGUAUAGUUUUUGAAAUGGCUUGUGGUCUCUCAUUCUUGCAUAAUUCAAAGCCAGAGCCUAUUGUUCAUCGUGAUAUAAAACCCGGCAAUAUCUUGUUAGACAGAAAUUGUGUUAGCAAAAUUUCAGAUGUUGGACUGGCUAAACUCAUUUUAGACGCUGUACCUGACAAUAUCACCGAGUACAGAGAAUCAGUGCUUGCCGGUACUCUUCAUUACAUGGACCCAGAGUAUCAAAGAACUGGCACCGUCAGACCAAAAUCAGAUGUAUAUGCUUUUGGAGUAAUAAUUCUACAGUUGAUAACUGCUCGACAUGCACGUGGACUCAUAAUGACUAUUGAAGAUGCAAUUACAAAGGGAUCGUUCCUUGAUAUUUUAGAUAAAUCAGCUGGAGAUUGGCCACUGAAUGAGACAAUUGAAUUGGCUGAAAUUGGUCUUAAAUGCACUGCCCUUAGAUGCAGAGAUAGACCAGAACUUGAUACUGAAGUUCUUCCACUGCUCAAAAGACUUUCUGAUGUUGCAAAUGCUAGUGCCAAGAUAGGAAGAAAUAGUGUAUGCACCCCAAGCCAGUAUUAUUGUCCAAUCCUUCAGGAAAUCAUGGAUGAGCCAUAUAUUGCGGCGGAUGGUUUCACUUAUGAGUACAGAGCAAUCAAAGCAUGGCUCAGCAAACACAAUGUGUCACCAGUGACAAAGCAUAAACUCCUGCAUUCUGAGCUGAUUCCAAACCAUACUUUACGUUCUGCUAUUCAGGAGUGGAAAUCAGGAGUGACGUUAUUUGAUUAGCCAUAGCAUGCUGUGAACUCCCU